CUCACAUGCUACCCGCAUACUGCACUAGAAGGAUGCGAGCAGCGUGGGCUUUCGACAAGGCCGACGUCUACAUGCACAACUUGACCGAAACUAGAAUUAUUGACUCGACGUCGCGCCCGUCCAAAGAGAGCGAGACAACAUGCAGGUCUCCACAGAUCAGCAAACACAUCCACCAGUGCUGAUUGUCGGCCAAACAAUGUUCUACCGAACCGCACCGUCGCACGCCAAUUGUCCACUAUGAGUGGGUUUUGGUUUCGACAGGUGGCAGGACAGUGGGCAGCCAAGUGUUCCACACAGCGCUAGUGCGACUUGCAACGCUCCAUGGACCCAGCUAAGUAGGAGAUGUCUUGGAUGUUCGUGCCGGAGGCUGAAACGUGCAUUGUUCGCGACCUUGGUGCAGUUCAGUAUGUUUAUCAAGCCACAUGAGGCUUGUCUGUUCUCUUCCUCUCUUCCUCUCUUGUGCUAUCAGCACACAAACCUCUCUUUAUGCAUAGUAGAAAAGGUUCAUAUGGUUACUCGCCAUAUCGAUCAAAAGUACAGACACGGUGCUUCGGGCUUGCUUUUGUCAUCCUUGUGACAUUAUACUUCUUCCUUCGCUCGGAAUUACUCUUCACAGUUUUGCCACGCCCACCUCGCUUUCCAUUCUCUCAGACAUCAUGUCCAGCGGAACCGCCAUUCCCGCCCAUCAUCUCGCCUCCGCACGGCCGUUUCAACUGGAGAAAUGUCACCCAGCGAUAUCCGGUUGAGGCGUUCGCAGAGCUACCUGCUUCCGCGAAAAGCCGGACACCAAAAGUUCAAUUUGACUCUAACAGGGAGGACCCACCUCUCUACCAUGAGAUUAUGCGCCAGCGUCGUCAAGCUGCAGUCAAGACGACCUUUGAAAGAGCUUGGAAGGCAUACAAAGAGCACGCAUGGAAGCAAGAUGAGCUGUUACCCAUUUCUGGAACAUCGAAAACCACCUUUGGAGGCUGGGGGGCUACGCUUGUGGACAGUCUCGACACACUUUGGAUUAUGGGCCUAGAAGACGAGUUUCAUGAGGCAGUUCAAGCAGUCAGCGAAAUCGACUUCGCACCUGGGGAGGGUGAACUCAACAUGUUCGAGACUACGAUUCGCUAUCUGGGAGGUCUGCUUGCAGCGUAUGAUCUCACGGACUGUAAAGACAACAGACUGCUCGAGAAAGCAAUGGAACUGGGGGACAUGAUCUACAUGAGCUUCGACACUCCCAACAGAAUGCCAAUCACGCGUUGGAGUGCGAAGAAAGCAGCAGCCGGUCAACAACAAUCAGCAGCAGCCCAAGGCAUCAUUGCGGAAUUCGCAUCGUUCAGCCUCGAGUUCACUCGUCUGUCUCAGCUCACCGGGGAUAUGCGCUACUAUGAUGCCGUCGCACGUGUCACAGCCGUUCUUGCUUCUCAGCAGAACGCGACCAAAAUACCUGGUCUCUGGCCUGUCGGUAUCAACGUCCAGAAACCUGACUUGACCUAUGACAGUCUCUUCAGCUUGGGCACCAUGGCCGAUUCAGCAUACGAAUAUCUUGGAAAGACAUACCAACUUCUCCAGAAUACGGGCGCAACGGCGUCUCAAUAUGCAAACAUGUACUCGUCAGCCAUGGACGCUGUCAUCAGCCAUCUCCUGUUCCGCCCCAAAACUCCCGACAGCGCAGAUAUUCUGAUGCCAGCAGCUGUUCGUAUUGACAACAAAGGCACAAUCACCCUCGACCCCACAGCCCAACACCUCGUCUGCUUUGCCGGCGGCAUGCUCGCCCUAGGCUCCAAACUGCUCGGCAAUGCGUCCCAUCUCGACUACGGCCGCAGAGUCACAGACGCAUGCAUCUGGAGCUACACCCACGCCCCAAACGGCAUCAUGCCGGAGAUGUUCCGCAUGACACCCUGCCCGACACGCGAGCCGUGCGACUACGACGACAACACAAGCAAAAUGCAGCAGUUCCCCGGCUUCGAGCAGGUCACCGACGCGCGCUACAUGCUGCGCCCAGAGGCCAUCGAGAGCGUCUUCUACAUGUACCGCAUCACGGGCGAGCGGCACUACCAGGACGUCGCGUGGAGCAUGUUCGAGGCGAUUGAGAAGCGCACGCGCACCAGCAUGGCGAACGCGGCGAUUCGCGAUGUCACGCUGCGGUUUGGGCCGGGCGAGGCCAGCGAGUUGAAGAGGGGCACGGGCGCGGGCGCGCGGCAGGCCGAGGGCGGGCUGGAGCUGUCGGAUAGCAUGGAGAGUUUCUGGACGGCGGAGACGCUGAAGUACUUCUACUUGAUUUUCAGUGAGCCGGAGUUGGUCAGUUUGGAUGAGUGGGUGUUCAACACUGAGGCGCAUCCUUUUAGAUUACGGUAAUUUUGACGGCAC